GUCAGCAAGCUAAUCCGGCGGCUUUGCUUGAGAAUGGUGAGGUUGCGGGGGCUAUUGCAAAGGACUGCUUCGUGCGACAGGCCUCCCAUGACCUAGACGACUUGGUCGUGAACCUUGAGGACGGGGUACGUGCUGACUUCCUGCAUAAGUAUCCGGGGCGACUCUCCAAGCAUUUGUACUCCCCCCUGCUGACACUUGGGCUUGACUCGGCUGUUGUUCCGGCGCUCUCUGCUUUUGUCACAGAGCACUCCCUGGUCAGGAAGGUCCGAGAAGAGAUCUUCAGAGGUUGUGACAAAGCGGUGGUCUCCAAAUUCCAGGGUGCGCUUGCUGCGAUGGCCAGGUUGAUGUUGCAGCCCGCGUUCUCUCUGGAGCAGGAGUCUCUGGACUGGUUGCGGGAACUCUUCCGGCAAGGAGGGCGUGAUGUUGGGAGUUUUGGCACGUGGCAGGAUGUCGUUGCACUGUCGAAGGAACGUCCUUCGGUGUGGAGAAGGGCCAUGAAGGCGGCCAAGGCAUAUGCGCUUCUUCGAGCCCAGUGGGAAGCUGAAAAGAAGCAGUUUCUGGGUCUCCUACUUCGACAGCUCCGAUGCCUCGGAGCUACCUGUCAAGACGAUAUUGAACAGCCAGGGCCGUGUGAAGUAUGUGCCGUCUGCCAGAAAAGCUGCGCCAAUCUAAGAGCAUGGUCGCAUCAUGCCUUCAACGUCCACGGACGACUGGGAGAGGAGCGGCAUUUGGUGGCAGGGUCGCAAUGCCCGGUGUGCUUGACACAGUUCCCGAACACCGAAAAGCUGUGCAAUCAUGAAUGGGAAGUCGAGCCUUUGAUGAUGGAUCUGCUCAGCUUCUGCCAGCAGUGCAAAAUGUUGGUUUUGGAGGAGUCGUACGGCACGGCUACAGAACAGGUGGCCUCCAUUGGAGAGUUGUUUCAGCAGUAUCGCAGCAUCUUUAUUGAUGCGUUCGUGUUUGCAGACCGCUAG